UAUUAAGCUUAUUAUUCCCGAAUCCUUACAGCUAUGAAGAUCUUCUUGCUGAGCUUGUGCAUCGUCACUAUAUUGCUGCUCGUUUGCAGUUUUUCAGUUGAAGCCGCACCCGGAAAGUGUAAGCCACCUCAGAAAUGGAAUGCCAAGGCGAAAAAGUGCCUUAAGCCCGGCAAGCCCGCUGGAAAGACAACGGCUGCUGCCAGUACAGCAGCAGGAGAUACAACGGCGUCGGCGGCGGCAGAUCCGGCAACCACGGCGGCUCCGGCCUAAAAGUAUCCUGGCUAAUGACCUUAAAGGCUAAUAAAGAUGGGGAAUAGUGUUCCACCUAAGCAGGGAA